GCUUUUGAGGUUAACUAUUCGGAAAUAAAUUGUAUAUCAUAAAUUUUACUAAUUAUUGUUCAAUUUAUAUUAAGUAAUUGAAAACGCAUUCGUUUUAAAUUUAAAAAAUGACAAGAUAUUUUAUUAAAUUUUCAUAUCUUGGUACACUAUAUAGUGGAAUGCAAAAAAAUAUAAUUACUAAUAGAAAUAUUCAGAUACAUGACAUUGAUACCAUUCAAGGUGCUAUAGAAAGUGCUUUCUCAACAUUAAUUCCAAAAUAUGUACAGUGGCCAAAAUUAACUUGUUGUAGUAGAACAGAUUAUGGUGUACAUGCAAUACAUAAUUUAGCUCAUAUUGAUGUAAAAAAUAUACAUGAUUCUAUUUACAAUCCUAACUUCAUACUUAAAUAUGUUAAUCGGUAUCUUAUUAGCUGCAAUCACAAUAUAAGGGUAUUGGAAGUAAUUCCAGUAAAGAAUACAUUUCAUGUAAGAAAAUGUGCAACUUCUAGAACUUAUCUUUAUAGAGUUCUGAGAGCUAAGAAUAAAGAUAAUCACAAAGUUCCUAUAAUAGAAAUGGAUCAUUGUAUGCACCUUAGGUCAGAUACUUUUGAUCCUGAAAGAAUAAAACGUGCAACACAACUUUUUAUGGGAACAAAAGAUUUCAGAACAUUUUCUGCAAAAAGUAUAUCAAACCGACCAAUUAAUUACAUAAGGAAUUUGUACAGUUUAACUUUUGAGAAAGGUUCUCCACUUAUGCCAUUUGAUUCUCUCUCUGAAAAUUUUGAAUUUUGGGAAUUUAAAUGUUCAUCAAAAUCUUUUCUAUAUAAGCAGGUUAGACGAAUUGUAGCUGCUUUAAUUGCUUUAGGUACAGAUCGAAUAACAGAAAAAGAUAUAACUGUAAUGUUACAAGUUCCUGGACAUCACAAUUUCCUACCUUUUUUACGGGCAGUUCCAUCAUAUGGUUUAUACCUUUUGAAUGUAGAAUAUAACCAAGAGUACUUAGAUCAACAUAUUAUAAAAUAUAAAAUAUCUGAUGAUGAAAUAGUCACACCAUUAGAUGAAACUGAUGUAUAAUAUAUUCAGUUCAAUUAUUUUUUUUUUUUUUUUAAGUACUAGUAAAGUAUAUUGACAAUGGAUUUAAACAGUCUAGUAAGAAGUAAAAAAUUACAAUUAAAAAAAUGCAAGACUGUUGUAACCAACACACUUGGUCAAAAAUAUGUCGAGAUUAAUGGAAUAAAAACAGAAUUGUCCUCUACUGCUA